UACCACUUUGUUUUCUCUGUUGAUUAUUGUCUUGUCGUUGCAUCACUCAUCAGCCAUGUAUGAGAAACAACCCCAGUUGAACGGAGCCUACUACGGCCCCUCCAUCCCGCCACAAAAAUCAUACCACCGCCCAAGUCGUGGCGGCGGCUGCGACUGCUGCUGCGGCUGCAUCUUCAACCUCAUCUUCAAACUCAUCCUCACCGUCGUCUUCAUCGUGGGAAUAGCGGUCUUCCUCUUCUGGCUCAUCGUCCGUCCCAACGUGGUGAAGGUUCACGUCACCGAUGCUUCGCUCAGCCAAUUCAACUACACCGGGGACACCCUCAACUACGACCUUGCUCUCAACAUCACCGUACGCAACCCCAACAAGAGGCUCGGUAUUUACUACGACUACAUCGAAGCGCGUGCAUUGUUCCAGGACGCAAGGUUCGACUCGGAUUUCCUUGACCCGUUCUAUCAGGGGCACAAAACCACCAACGUGUUAAACCCUGUCUUCAAGGGUCAGCAGGUCAUAGCCCUCAACGCUGACCAGACUUCAGAACUAAACAAGGAAAAAAACUCGGGGGUUUACGUUAUCGAUGUGAAGCUGUAUCUGAGGGUUAGAUUCAAGUUGGGUGUGUUUAAGACCAAGACGCUGAAACCUAAGAUUAGCUGUGACUUGCAAAUUCCUUCAUCGCCUGCCGCCGGUAUCUUUCAGACCACCAAGUGCGACUGGGAUCGCUGAUGGAUUUGGAUCCAUUAGAUCAUCCGAUCCUAUUCUAUUUCGUCGUCUUCUUCUUGUUUUUCUUUUGUGGGAUUUCAUAUGAUAUUUGUUCAUUGGUUAGACUUUUGGAGUUUCGGACAUAGUCAUAUACUAUAUACUCCUUGAGGGUCUUUCAGGGAUUUUAUUGCACCAUUUAUGCAUUUGUAUGUAUCUAUAUUCUCCGAUUCCAUUAGGUGGAGGGGAUUUUCGGUUUAUUAUUUAUAUAUCUUACUUGUUUUUUUUUUUUUUUGUUAAUAAAUAAAUAUGGUUUUCCCUCUAUAUUUUGUAAAUUAGUUUCCCAAGUACUUGCCUGUGAUUGCGACGUCGAUAUAAACUUAUU